GGUUAUUACGUGCUUUUUAAACCUGAAGUAAUGAAGGUAAGAACACCUUAGGUUGUCUCAGUCCUCCACAUGUGCACCAAAGCAUGUACGUACCUGCAUACACACACACAUCGCAUGCGCGCGCCCACACACACAUACAUACCACAUGUGCGUGCACACACACACCACACGUGCACACGCACACACAGAUUGACGAGGAGGCCUAAGCAGGUGAAAGACAGGAGGCAGCACAUCAAGGAAGCUGACAGAACAUCUGGUUAUUCUAACCACCUGAAUUAACAGAAGACACUGAAGACCACAGAGAAAGAGCGGCUCCCCCCAUGCUCCACACGUUGAUGACUCUAAAGCUGAAGCCCACAGGUCCUUUCCGCCAUGCUGUCCUGGGAGGAUGGGAUUGUAACUUAGAGCAUCAGCCGAUAACCUCAUUUGCUUUCUACACACCCAACCUCCAGCACACUAUUUUGGUAACCUUUUAUUAUUAUUAUUACUUUCUUUUUAUUGACACAGAAAAAAAUUGUUCCUUUUACUAGAUAGGACUCCAUGUGAUUUGGGGUUCAUCUACUUAUCAAGGAAUGUUCUGAUGAGGAUAAUUAACAUAGCCAUCACUUUAAGUCUGUAUUUGCCUGGAUGGUUUAUGCAUUCAAAGUCUUUUCUAGGCAUUUCCAUAACCCAAUAUUGCUAAUUAUCUCCACCCUACUGCGCCACAGACCACUAGAACACAUCGCUUCUCUAACUUUAACCCGUUAUCCAACCUCUCCCAAUCCGUCCUGAAUAAAUCUAUUUUUAAACGGAUUCAGUUUCCAUUGACUGCGAGUGUACCUCCCGCCACAACGUUGAGCAAUCUAUUUAUGUUCUUUCCACAGCUCCAACUCUCAUAUCCCCAUGGCUACAGGUAUGAGCUCAGAAUGAACGUAGUCUUCUUCUGCGCGGAUUUGUAUGUUCUGGGCGCCGGGCAGGACCAGAUCACCCCAGCCUCCCAAGCACUGGAUGGUGCAUGCUUCUGUGUUAAGUAAAACAAGAGCCUUACUGCAGUCCCAGAGGACUGGCCUGUGAGAGCGUGCCUCUGCUGUUUUCAAGAAACAUGACACAGGAAACGCUGUCAAGGUGUUACUAAAGAAGGUGAGCUGUUGAUAAAAAUAAAACAAGCCUGCCUUGCGUGGCUGGGCAGAGAGGCGUUUUUCAAGAAUUUCAGUGUGAAUCACCUAAGGCCUGGCUACGCAAACACGCACAGGAACAGUGACAACAGCUAACUAUCUGCCAGCUCGGGACCAUCUUACCCUGACAGCAGUCUGUGCGAUAGGUAUGGCAGCUUCCAUCUUACAAGCUGGGUCCAACACGUUAGUGACUUUGAGUCACAGUUUAUCAGACUGGGCUCUUACAGUACUUGUCAUUUUAACCAAUGGCUGGGAUAUCAUGAAAUAGACAGCACAUUCCCUAUGGGGAAAAAAAUGAGUUUGAACGUAGGUGCAUGUCCUUUGGGUAUGUAACUACUCUCGUAGAGACUGAACCCUGGUCCAAGAAUUUCAGCCAGGAAUAGAGGUUAUAAAAUGAAGAAGAAGCUAGUCACAGACAAGGUAAACGCAGGAACCUGCUCCAAUUCUCCCUAUCAGACUAAAUAUAAAAUAGAAUCCAAAGUCUCUUGAAGCUAGAGAGAUGGUUCUGUGGCUAAAAGCACUAGAUGCUCUUGUAAAGAACCCAAGUUUGGCUCCCAUCAUCCAAGCGGGGCAGCUCACAACUGCCUGGAAUUUCAGCUCCAGGGGAUUUGUCACCCUCUUCAGGCCCGUUGGGGCAUCCACAUGCGGGUGCACGAGCAUGUGUGCACGCAUUCAUGUGCAUAUACACAUAUUUAAAACAAAAUAUAUUUACAUUUUUCCUUCUUGCUACUGCACUAGCUAGAUGGAGUUCAAAUGUUUCAACUUUACCAUUCCCUUUCUCUUCUAAGAGUUGUACAUAAGCUGAUAAGAUCUGGUACAGCCUGAAUUCAUGUAUCUCUCAAGGCGGUUAAAACCCAGGAAGCCUUUCCUAAGUUCUGCUUUACACACAUGAAUGAACUAAGGAGCAUUUACCUAAAUAACAAUGAACAUAGCAGCUGACAUGAUGUGCAUCAGGUCCUAUGUAGAACUGUUCCUUUGGAUUACCUAUUUUAUUCAAGGGCAAACCAAUCGUGUGUCCUAUCGUGGUCUUUACCUUGGAUACCAAGGCUCAGACACAUUUGGUAACUUGUUCAGAGGAAGCUCCUAUUCUGGAAUCAAAAUUUGUUAUGAUUUCAGACACAAUCUUCUUAACUAUUGUCAGUGAUACCACUCUCAAUGUUAACAACAAUACUGAUAUUCAUUGCUUCUGUGUCUUUCACAUUUGCUAUGUUACAUACACACUGCGUGAUAAUAUACCUUAACCCCCCAAUAACUCAUUUACUACCGAUUAGUGGACAUUCCUUGCAUUUCCUUUCCUUGAUGACUAUGGGUAAGUUAUUUAACCUCUGAAGGAUUGUUUCUUUUGUUGUUGCUGCUGCUGCUGCUGCUUAUGAAAUAUGGAUAAUCUGAUUCCUAAGGUCCCCGUGACAACUCUAGAGAUGAAGUCAUCUAGCACAUUGUCUUGCGUCCUGGAUACAAAACACACACAACAUGUCACAAACUGAAACCCCCUCUGCCUGAAUUCAACUUAGUUUAUUCAACACUGCUUGGAGGAGCCAUUCCUUCACAAGGCAGCAUCUUAGAAUCGUCCUGUGUCCAAACUCUAACUGAAAUAUCUCAGCACCUCUUUCAGCUCGAGCUGCAAACAACUCUCUUGAAGGAUAAACACCAAUUUUCAAGAGAAAGGGAUGGGGGUCUCAGAGGGGUACAGUCUCCAAAGGUUAGAUAUGGUUGGUGUGUGUCUCCAAAGGAUGAUGCCAAUGGCUAGAUGUAUGAAGGAUAUUUCCCUAUUAAAAAUUAGCACCCUUCUUAUGAAGGUUGUGGUUUUUUAAUUGAUAUAGAUUUAUCUUUAAUCUUAGUGUACACUAGAUGACUUCUUUACAUAGGAAUACACCCCUUUAACCCCACCCAAGACAAACAUGGAACGUUUCCGGAAUCCCAAAAGUUUCCCUCCUCAACCCCACAACUCAGACUGAUUAAAAAUCCACAGAGAAAAGACCUCUAAAAUCAGAACUGAAUGCAGAAAGUGAAGAAUUUCAACGCUAGGCAGCAAGAAGGUUGGAUAUGAGAAAAAUCAUUGUGUGAGACAAACCCGACUUCUGGCUCCUUUCAAAUGGGGCACGCUGAGUGAGUGAUUCUGUGCGCUCCAGUUCAUUUUGUUUCUCCGUCCUCACAAGAACUGCGAUAUGAUCCAGACUUAAUCCUAUUUUGCACGUGAGGAAACAAAUUUGUUCAGAGUUUUGGGAGAGGACGGCUCCAACCCACAGAACAGCCUUCUAUGGGAUCAGAUCAGCAAAUCCAUCCACGUGGCAGAGGGACCCGGGAGGACCAGGAGUCAGGUUACCAGGCAGCACUGCGACAGCUGGUAUAAAAACCCUGAGCAGCUCUCCUGGAACAGCAGCGAUCAACCCGCCGCGGGUGCUUUGAAUUUCUCAACGUCUCUCAGGUUGGAAAAUCAUCUGACUACGAAAACCAGGCUGCCUCUGACAGGUGUGCAUUUGUAUGUAGCAGGCAGGCUCAAACAGAGGAUCACCCAGUUCCAGGACCAGCGGCCAGAUGUGGUGUCUGGAACGGCUCCUGCGGAACCGAGACGGGUUUCUCCCCGGGCUAGCCCGCCGCACCAAAGCGCGCUCGUCCACUGCAUGCGUGAACGUGCUCACUCCUGACCGCAUCCCAGAGUUCUGCAUCCCACCGAGGCUGGAGCCUAACACAGCCUGGGCUGCGCUGCGCGAUGCCUGGGCUGCAGACGCGGAGAGGGACGACCACGCUGGUCGCACCGACUGGGACCCGCGCUCACAGGCCGCCCUCUCGCUGUCACACCUGCCCCGCGCACGCACCGCCUACGGCUUCUGCGCGCUGCUCGAGAGCCCGCACACGCGCCGAAAGGAGUCGCUCUUCCUCGGCCACCCAGGUGCCCCGGCCCCCAGGCCCGGACUUCGCCACCGAGCGCACACCUACGCAAGUCCGCGCCGAGUCCCAGACACCCCGCAUCCUGCGCCGCAUAAC